AUGCCCUUUCUAUCACACGGGCGGGUCCUCGAGUUGAAAGAACAGCUAGAAGGAACAAGGGCCGAAGUUAUUAGCUAUGGGUCUCGUGAUUAUGUGCAAAGCAUCCAGCGAUGGAGUGAGACAUGCGAAAAGGAAGCUGGAGCCAUAGUCCGGGUUACGUCCACGUCGGAGGUAUCGACAGUCAUCAAUUUCUCCCGAAAGCAUCAUAUCAAUUUCGUUGUUGAGAGUGGCGGACAUUCCACGACGGGGUCUUCUGCCUCUCAUGGCGGAAUUGUGAUUAGUAUGACCACCAUGCGAAAGGUACUGACUGACCCAGCAUCCAAAACAGUCUGUGUCCAGGGAGGUGCGACCUGGGAGGAUGUCAACAACUCAACCACCGCUUUCGGGCUUGCUGUCGUAGGAGCAACUGCCAGUCAGACUGGGUAUGGGCUUACCAUCGACCAGCUUAUCAGUGUGAAGAUGGUUUUAGCAAACGGUACUAUAGUGGAGGCAUCUGAAACCAGUAACCAGGACUUGUUCUGGGCAGUUCGGGGCGCGGGGCAGGCUUUUGGAGUGGCCACCGAAUUUGUCUUUCGUGCCCAGUCGAUUCCUUCAACUUUAUUUGGAGGAAUCAUGUUUUUUACUGUGGACAAGCUGCCGAAGAUUGUCGAGUUUGCCAACCAGUUCGACAAGAAACAGGAACCUAGAAGUGGGUUCUUCUUUGGAUUCAGAGCACAUCCCCUUGUACAACAUACGGCAAUUGUGGCAAUUCUCUUCUACAACGGUACUCGCUCCCAGGCCGAACAUUUUUUCGCGCCACUUCUGUCUCUCGAUGCGGUAUUGAAUGAGACAGAUAUGAUGUCUUAUGCGCAUCUCUGUUCUCUGGGUAACAUGGAGACAGUACCGGCAGGGCGUAAAACCCAGAGCGGCACCACUGUCGCAUUUCCAUUGGAGGCUGAGAAUGUCAGGGAGAUAUGGACAACCUUCGACAAUAUAAUAAAAUCUUAUCCUGAAAUGAGAGACAGUACGCUGGCAUUCGAACUAUUACCAUAUGCGAACCUUAGACAAGUUGCUCUUGACCAAACAGCCUGUGCUAAUCGGGGACCAUACUAUAAUGUGGGUUUGCUAUUAUGCUGGCGCAACCAUGAGCUUGAUGUCAAAAUGCCUGCCCUGAAGCGGGAGAUACUGGCCCAUUUCAAACGAGAAGAAGGUGAUAGUGAUGAAAGCCAUGCCGAGGUAUACGCUAAUUAUGCUGGACACGAGACGCGUCCCAAUCAACUGUUUGGCGACAACCUUCCCCGGCUGCUUAAGAUGAAGGAAAAGUAUGACCCGCAUAAUGUGUUUCGAAAAUGGCAUAACCUUCACAAUCCCUUGUCGCGUCCGCCGUAG